AAAAGGUCUUCCACAUACCCGGCCUGUCUCCGGACAUGAUGCAGUUCAUCAUUGAGUUUGCGUACACUGGCUUGGUCUCCGUGACGGAGGAAAACGUGCAGGAGCUGCUGCUGGCAGCCGAUCAGCUCAACGUCAUGGGCGUGGUGCAAACUUGCCGCGACUUCCUGGGCGAGCAGCUCUGCCCAAAGAACUGCAUCGGCAUCUUUCAGGUCACCGACACCUGCUUGUCCCCCGAGCUGCGGCUCAAGGCCUACCACUUCAUCGUUGAUCACUUUGAGAAGGUGGUUUUGUCCGAAGAGUUCCCGCAGCUCUCCGUGCAGCAACUCGCCGACAUCCUCGAUAGAGACGACCUCAAUGUGAGCAAAGAGAGCGCGGUGUUCGAGGCCAUCCUUCGCUGGAUCGCCCACGAACCCGAAGUGCGAAAAGCACACAUCGCAGUGCUCUUCUCUAGGGUGCGACUGGUGUUGACGAGUAACGACUACGUGAGGUUGAACGUGAUGUCCAAUGAGCUGGUGAAAAACAACGCUGAGUGCCUGGAAAUGGUCAGUUCAGCCAUCGAAAUCCUAAGUCCCAUCAUGAGGUUCAGACCCUCUGUGUCGCAGCUCCACAGCCCUCUCCCCCGCCCUCGCCUGCCUAACGCCAUCCUGUUGGCCAUUGGGGGCUGGAGCGGCAUCAAUCCAACGAACAGCAUCGAGUCGUACGACGUCAGCACCGACCUCUGGAUGCUGGUGACAGACCAAGACGAGAGUCCUCGCGCCUACCACGGCACCGCCGUCCUCAACGGGAGCAUCUACUGCGUCGGCGGCUUCAACAAGGUCGAACAUUCCAACAGCGUGCGCAGGUUUGACGUGAGCACGCGCACCUGGCACGAGGCGGCAUCCAUGAACCACCGCCGAUGCUACGUGAGCGUCGCUGUGCUAGGCGAGUGCAUCUACGCCAUGGGAGGUUAUAACGGGCACUCACGACUCAGCACCGCAGAGUGCUACAGGCCCGAGACCAACCAGUGGAGUCUCAUCGCGCCGAUGCACGAUCGUAGGAGUGACGCCAGCAGCACGACGCUCCACAACAAGAUUUACAUUUGUGGCGGUUUCAAUGGGGUCGACUCUCUGCAAACGGUUGAAUUUUACAGCCCAGAGACCAACCAGUGGACAAUGAUCAGCCAAAUGACCUGCCGGCGCACUGGAAUUGGCAUCGUUGCAUAUGCAGACCAUGUCUACGCAGUUGGCGGUUUUGAUGGCUCCGUCCAUCAGAGCAGCGCAGAGGUCUACAACCCUAGGAGCAACACCUGGCGGCAAGUGUCCCCUAUGUUGACUUCCCGCAGCUUCUUUGGUAUCGAAGUGCUCAACAACCGGAUCUAUGUGGUUGGGGGCCAUAACGGCCGCUCCUUCUACAGUAAAGUCGAGUACUACGACGCAACGAAUGACGAGUGGACGGAGGCUCGUCACAUGGAUAUUUGCCGCAGUGCCGUGAGCUGCUGUGUGUUGUCCGGGCUCCCCAACAUGGAUGAGUACGUUUUCCCCCGUGACUCCCUGUCCAUUAUCAGUUUGGAUGACGUGUCUGUGGACUCUGAAGAGUCUUCAGAACACUUCUGAACAGUGCCGUGGUGCCAUCAUCCACCCGGCAAGACGUAAAGCAUAAAAUAAGAAAAUAAAUAUUUCUUGUGCAUUGAA